CUGCCUUAAGUUCCAAACCGCCAGAACCAAGAUGGCGGCAACGUGGCAUCUUGUUGAUUAGUUGCAUUUUCGCCCUUUCUUCGAGUUGACAGCCCUUGUAAGAUUCGAGAAUCAUGCAAGACAAUCAUUAAGAGUUGUUUUGCAAUGCCCUACAUGGAAGGAGCUCUGUGGAAAUGGACAAAUUAUGUUAGCGGUGAGUAUAAUUUUAUAUAAAAGCAAAAGCCUUCAUGGCUUCAUGUAGAACGCUGCUUUAAAUUCUCAUAUUUACAAACUGUAAUUGCUAUUUUUUUGCUGAUAUAAAGACAAUUUUCAACGUGUUAUAAAGCUUUGCUUGCUAUAUAUUUCCAUAAAUAUUGGUACAAAAUGUACUUUAGUUCAGAACUUCAGAACUAAUUUUAUAAUUAUGCUGCUCUUUUGCAGGUUAUAUGAAUGUUUUAUAUUGUUAAUUAUUGCGCUAAUUAUAUCCCGCAUGUUUUUCUAUAAACAGUACAAAUUAUAUUAUUUGUCAGUAUUGUACUGUUUCUUAUUUUGAUUAUUUGUAUUGGGAGCAAAAUAUUUGUCAUUCUAUAUACCAAAUUGGCAAAUUCUAUAAACUAAGUUCUAAGGAACUAACAAGGAAACUCACAAAAAAUUCAAUUUAUAUAAAACUCAAUUUGUGUUCACAUAAGAAAUACAAAUGCUGGCUAGGUGACAUCUCAACUUGCGCAUUGGUCGUCUUACACAUUAGUUGUAGAGGGGGACAUUGGGAUUUACGGUAUGGCGGUAUUAGCUUAAUUUCUUACGGUAUUUCGGUAUUUUCCUUGACAAAUUGCGGUAUUACGGUAUUGGAAAUCUUGCGGUUCACAGUAUUUGCAAUUUUGGACUCAAAAACUGUGGUAAUUGACAAAAUUUGCUUGCUGUAUUACGGUAUUGAAUACCCCCCAAUGCCCCCCUCGUUGUGUAAUUGUGCGUAAUGUGAUAUCUCACCUUACGCACAACACAACUUAAGGCCACUACAAGUUAAUCUUUAGUUUCUGGUCCGCCUUUACCUUCGUUUACGAUGCGGGCGGGCGGGUGGUUAGGACUAUAGGACAUAACUACAAUUGUGGCUUUGCCCACAUUUUUGUGAUCCUUUUUGUCUCUUUUCAUCAAAAUAUUAUAAAAUUUUACAUAAUUGCAUUUAUAUUAUUUAAAAAUCGACAUGCAUGACAGAUUAAAAAGGAUUUUACAUAUCAAAAUGAUUUAUUUCUAAUUUUUUCUUUUCGUAAUUUUUUAAUCUUGUGCAUGGCCAAAUUAAAACGCAGUGGUUUUUAAUACCCUUCAAUACUUCAUUUUGCUAGGUCUUUUUAGUGUAAAUUGGAUAUUUAUUGUUCUAUAAGUUAAAUCCUUCGCGAAAAUUUUCAAGAACUAGAAAUUAAUUGUAAACAACAAAAUAGUCCUGAAAUAAUACUUUGCGGAGGAAGGACGCGGGCGGCGGACCAGAAACUAAAGAUUAACUUGUAGUGGCCUAAAGGGAAAUGGCAAUAUAUUCUUUUAUUUUCUCAUUUGAAAGAGCUUUUAAGACUAUUCUUUUACCUUUUUUUCAUAUAUUGCUUACUACUACAAAUAUUUUGAUCGAAAGGAAUGAAAUGUCCGCCAUCUUCAAUUUUUGUAGAUAUGCAUGUCACAUAGUCACAACAGGGGUCAUGCAAUAUUUUUAUCUAGACAACCACUAAUCAGUUUGCACUCAAAACUAUACUCUGUCUGCCCUUCGAAAUAUCAGGAUCACUCAAAACCUUUAAAAUAUCUACCAAUCAAUAUUUGGUCAGCAACGAAUACUUUAUAUGGUUAAUCCCUGUUGUGACGUCACCAAAACUACCAUUAAUGAGAUAAAAAAUUUAUCUAAGAUGGCGGACUUUUUGUUACUUCAAGUGAAAAUAUUUCAAGAACUAAGCAAGAUAUGAAAAAUCGGCAAAAGAAGUUAAUAUGUAUAGUUUCAAAAGUUCCUUCAAAUGAGAAAAUAAAAAAAUAUAUUGCCAUUUCCUUUUAAUAGGUAAUCAGUUGGGUAAGGUAUAUAUACUGUAAGCACCCUUAAUGAGUGUCCAUAUAUAUGUGAAACUAGGCUGGCAGUUGCGAUGGUUUGUCCUUGAUUUUGGCGUGCUGUCAUAUUAUAAAUCUCAAGACGAUAUUCAACUGGGAUGUCGUGGAUCAGUGAAAAUGGGAUGUUGUGAUGUCACAGGUAAACAAUUUAUUGUCUUGAUCUUGUUCUAAGUUACUCUAGGCCAGUCGGCUUGAAACCUUCUCAAACCGCAGCCUUCUGGUGUUGUUGCCACUACCUACGCUGGUGCAAACCAUUCGUGUUCAGUCAGAUAGAUUCCAGUGAUAUUUGGCCUCCAGGCUGUCCAGUUCAGUUCAGUGUAGUCUAUUCUGGUCCGCCCUUGUCCAAUCCAAUGUACAUGUACAUAGUUUGCCAUCCAGGUUUAAGUCCAGUCUAUAAGGAAAUUGCUACCCCCACUUCCCCCCUUGCCAAGGCUAGGAAGGGUGUGUUUACCCUUGCACCCCACAGUAAAUCCAUCCCAUGAAAACCAUGCAGAGCACAGAAUACAUUAAUUAUUUGUGGUUCUCUUGCAGUGCAAGUUGGUGAUUCACUGCGAAUCAAUUUGAAGUUUCCUCCAGAUCAGUAUAUGUACAUCAAGGCCACAACAGCAAGCGAACGACAACAAUGGCUGGUUGCAUUGGGAUCUUCUAAAGCUUGUCUUACACAAGGAAAUACACCAGAAACAACAAAAAAGAGUCGUCAUGGUAAACAGCUUUACAGCUUUCCUAAUUUACAAAAUAAUUGGAGAACAGCACUUAAAUUAAAUAUGCACACAUACAGUAGUUUUGGCUUAGGUUUAUUUGUAAUACCUUUUGAAUUUCUUUGUGUAAUAUGUUAUGUUUGCUAAUGACCGUUUUCCUCCUAACAGUUGAAGCACCACAACCUCGGCAGACACUGCAUGAAAAGAUGUCGGAAAUGCAUGUUUGCAAAAACAUUUUGUUGGAUCAGAUUAAUUCAAUCAAAAAUUUAUGUGAAGACAAGGAAAAAGUGCAUGUAAGUUUGAAGUUUCCUCUAUGUCUAUGAUCAAUUAAAGUGAGACUAACCCCAAAUAGAAUUUUUGGUAUGUGUAGUAUUUGAGUCAUUCUGAGAAGAAGUGCAAUGUAUCUUUAUAGUAAAAAAUACCAUCUUGAUCAACUUUUUCACUCUCAAAGUUCCAGAUAUGAUGUCAUUAGGUAAAUUUUUGGUACAAAAAACAAAGGAAAACUAAUUUGCAAUUCACCUAAUGACAUCAUAUCCGUAAACUUUGACAGCAAAAAAGUUGAUCAAGAUGGGAUUUUUUAUUAUAAAGAUAUAUUACAUUUCUUCUUUGAAUGACCCAAAUAUUACAUAUAUAUUAAAAAUCAUGUCAGGGGUUAGUUGCACUUUAACUAUGUCGCUGAUGAUAAAUUUAUGCAUAUACAAGACACUCGUUUUGUUAUAUUUCUUGCUAAAACAAAGUGUGUCUGUAUCUGUGUUCGUAGGACUUUCAAGAAGCAGCCACUCUCUUAUCGGCAACAUGCGAUGCUUUUCUAACCAAUCUAUCAGACUGUGUAAAAAUGGCUGAGCACAAGUUUGGCACAGGUAAAUUUUUCAAAGAUUAGUUGUUGUACAGACAGAAAGUUGGCAGUUGACACAUGUAUUUUACAAGUUCAUACACACAGAUCAGAUGAGUUGUCAGAUUAUCAUUUCUUGAAAUCGAGCUAGGAGUUUGCGAGAAGAUUUUGUUUACAUGGUGGUUCUUAAUAUUUCUCUAGGUACACCACUUUCUUCUCCAAUAUCUCCUCUGGCUCCUCAACACAAGGUAAUGCCAAGUAUAAUAUCCUUUGAAUCAACUUUCUGUAUGUUUUCUUCUCUGGAGCUGGUUGUCCAAAGCCCUAUAAGCAAAUGCCCUGGGUUAAUAUAUUUAACGUAAUGUUUUUGUUUGUGUAUUUGUGUGUGAAUGUUCAUUUCAAAACUAAAGAGAAUUUUGAUAUAGUUUCAAGUGUAUAAAGUAAGUUUUGUUCGGAAAUUUUCUUUGAAGUUUUUCAACUCAGGAUUAAGCUAACUUACCAAUUUCCCUGUUUUGUUACCAAUUUCCCUGUUUUAUUACCAACUUCUUUAUUUCUGUACUAUGCACUUUCCAUUUCUUUGCAGAAUUUCAACACACCAAAAAUUAAUUUGCCCAACAAAGUGCAGUCAAAACAAGCAAAUAGGUAAGAUGCCAUUGGCUGAAACAAACAAACAAACAGGAUGACAAACAAACAAAACAACUGACAAACAAGGUGAAUCAGACAUAUAUGCAUGCAGUGCAUGACAUACAAGUCAUCAAAUAAAAUAAUAAUGGCAAAGAUUAGAUACUAUAAAGAUGUGCCACUCAGCGAAAAUUAUGUCCGAGAUUUUUUUAUAGCCGCCAUUUUGCCAGUAAGUGUCAAAUUCAACGCCAUCAGUCUCUAAAUAGUAAAAUCCAACGCCAUCAGUCUCGCCGCCAUUUUGGCAGUAAGUGAAAAUUACGGACACGCAAACAUUAGGGAAAUACGUCGAGUGGCACAUCUUUAUAGUAUCUAAUCUUUGAUAAUGGCUUGUCAUGCAUGCAUUCAUAUUCAUAUUCAUUUCUUACAGAGUAUCUCCGCAUUCGUCAUCACCUUCUCCACCGAGUUCCAAUCCACAAAGUCCAUCCUCGUUUCCUGGUAUGUUUUUUUGGCUUGUUUAAUUUUAACCCAUUGAGCUCAAGCUCUCCCCUUGGUAAGUAAAAUUGUCUGGCAUUAGGCAGAGCAAAAUACUAAAGUAGCUACAUGUAGGGCACAUUAGGGAACAAUGUAACUUAAUGGGUUAAUGUUUAUUGAUUGAUUGAUUGAUUGAUUGAUUGAUUGAUUGAUUAGAAAAUACUGCGCAACAACCGUGCGAGCUUACAUAGAUAAUUUUGUACAACUAUGGACUAGAUAGUAUUAAAAGUAUUAAAAUAUAUGAAAAGUAUAUACAGUUCUAUACAAAGUUAAAAAGACUGAAGACAUCUAUUUAUGAAUGUUUUCUUAAUGAAAUCAUGUCCCUGGUUACAUAACACUCUUUUCCGCUUCGAAGGCAAUAGGAAUGUUCUUUGCUUGAGCAAGCAACUGCUUUAUUUGUGCCUGAAACGAUAAAUUAUUUCUGUUAACAAACAUAACUUUGUUUCCACAAGAAAUGUUGUUCUCAAUACAAAUUCCAUUCCAUAAGUACAUUCUUUCCAUUCAUUUAGAAAAUGCUGAGACCAAGCAGGACCAUUCCUCUCAGGCAAAUGAGGUUUCUGGUACGAAUGAAAGGGCAAAUGAAACCAAGGAGAAUAUAACAGUGAACCUGAGCAAAACAUUUGCCAAAGAAAAAGAAAUCACUACAGCACCAACAACAUUCUCAACUGCUCCAAACAGGUAUGGUACAGUGUGUCUGAUAGAUAUUCAUUUUAUGUACACUAGACCCCUAGCACCUGGUAUAAUGGCGUUUGCAAACUUGAUUUCUAUUUAGCCAUAAUGCUGCUCAGCAUUUAUAACUUAAAUAACGGAACAAACCGCUAUAUUUUUUCGUGUUAAUAAUAUCGUUAGUUUUGUGCGUAAAACUAUCAAUUAUAACCUGUUACAUUUCAUUCUAAAAAGGGUGGGUUAGGUAAAAAGGGCCCAUAGUAAUUGGCAUAUGCUGUUGUGGUGACCCUGCCCUAGUUGGCAAAGUUAAAUAAAAAAUAAAAAAAAAUUCUCAUUUUUUCGUUAUUUUAGAUUCAUAGCAGUUGAAGUGUUGGAGAAUGGUGAUAUACCGACGAAAUCGUUCCUUCUUGCGUGUAAUUCAAUCCUACCAAUUUUUGGUAAGCAUAAUUUAUACUCAUUUUCUUUUCCGACAAGAUUUUCUGCAUGUUGAGAUUUAUGUUUUCGUUUUUGCUUUUCCCAGAUGUCCUUGGACCUACUGCGUUCGCUCCGGUCAAGCUCGACAUCAGUGGAAAUAUUAAGGUGUGGGCCGUGUGAUGACGAUAUUCAAUCUUUAUUGGUUCUGUACUUACAUUGGAUAACUGGUGUUUUUUCUCUAAUUCCAGAAACUGACAUCAAAAUACGAUAAUGACAGACAGUCGUGUGCAACACUUCAAUCGAUGAUAAGUUUCGAAAUUCAUUCGAAUACGUGUACUGCCAAAAACUCGGCAACUGAUGCUCUUCUGUGGUUGAAGAGGUAUUGACCAUUUCAAUAUGAAAUAAAGCAAAUUGAAAUAUGCUAAUUACCAUGCAUUGGCGGUUGCAAUUGCCAACUAUAAGAACGUAUCAGUACGUAAAAAAAAUUCUCGGAAAUUUAGAAAAAAUUCUCGGAAAUUUAAAAAAAAUCUCGGAAUUUUUUAACAUCAAGUAUAGCAUUUGCUGUUCUCUUUUCAGAGCAUUACAAUUUACGAAUGCAUUCCUAAUGGAGAUCAAUAAAGGCGAGAGAGAAUUAGUCGUGGUUGCUUGUAAGUUGCUUUGUCAUAUUAAUUCUUAUGAAUUGAUAAGCCGAUAGGCAUUACUUCACUACAGAUUAGCCUUUGAGAAAUCUUGCUGCUCAUUUCUUAGCUUUCUGAGUCAACUAGGGGCGAGCACCAGUCGAUUAGAUUGCAUUACGUUUUAAUAAGUAUCUCUUUUCUUAUAUUCCAGCUAAUGCAUAUUCAAAAACUUUACGGAAAUACCACGGUUGGAUGGUCCGAGGGGUGUUCGCGGUAUGUAAAAAUGUUAUACGGUAUUUAAGUUAUAUGUGUAGACAAACAUGCAUUAUAAAAUAGCAACCUUCAAGGCCUAGAACCUCAUUCAAACCACACUGCUUUACAACACAUUGAAACAAAAAUAUAGUUCAUGCGCGGACGCACUUUCGAAAUUUUCUUCGGAAACAGGAACAAAAUGGCGGAACAACAUGGCAGAACAAAAUGGCGGAUAACUGAAGAGAUUGUGAAGUCAUACGACGGAGUUUGAAAAGCAAGAUACCAAGGAAUGAUGACAAUAUGUCGUGGAAGAAGAACAUUGCGUUCAGUUGACAGGUUGUGUUAUUUUCUGGAUGAACUGGAGAAAUCACUGGAAUCUUUCGAAGUGAGACAGAAGAAAAAGUUAUUCCCAUAAAGUCGUGCAAUUUUAUAUGAUAUAAUUCUAUUUUUCGCACUCUUUGAUCGAUAUGUUUGCCACAAUCACAGUUUGCCUCGAGUACAUGCAGUACAUGCAUUAUUGUUGUAAUUUUAAUAAUUCUUGUUUUUCUGUUCACCAUUCUUACCUUCUUUUGGUCUGUUGUAAUGCAUUAUAGUCAUUUUCGUAUUAUCUUUCUGAUUAAUUGACGCAGUCAUAGAUCAUGUUUGGGAGUAUAAUAAUUAGAAAUUUUACAUACUUGACAUAAUGAUUUUAUGCUCUGAUAUUAACCCAUUUUUAAUAUACAUAAAGAUAUUACUCGACUGUGAUUGGUUGAUUUCAGUGCAGUUAAUCCCAAACAGCAGUGCAAUUUUCUGUAAUCACAGUGCAAAAAUCUGUAACAAACUGAUCUGAUUGUUGGAAAAACAAUGUGAUGAUAAAAUCAACCAAUCAGUUGUCUCGAACAUUUUUAUGUAAAUCAUUAAUAAGUAUAAUAGCUUUGAGGUCUUUGAAAAACUCACUCGUGCAUGUUAUAUCCAAAUUGCACUCGAAACCAUGCUAUUACCUAUACAUACUAACCGAAAUACAAUCAGCAAUGAAGAUUUUUUAUAUUGUGUUCUAACCAUCUUGAAGUUUUAGUGUAGAAAACUAACCCAAACUAACCCAUGAUGAUGUUAACGGCUUGCUUUAUUGAAGCAUAAGACACAAACGUGCGCACGCAACAACAUGCUGAUGCGUACCGCGCUAACGCAUACAGUUUCGUGCUAACGCAUUGCUCUGAAUUAGUUUUUAAAUUUUAUUUUUUAUAAUUUAAUUUUUUUAAUAAGAUGGCUGUGAAGGCUGUGCCGUAUUGGAAAGAUUUCGUGAAGGCCCUCGGUUCAACGGACAGCGGAGUUGCACCGGAGUCAGAUGUACUUCAUGAUAUAAAGGAAUUUACGGACACAUUGAGCCCACUUAUUGACCGAAUUAAUGAAUUUUAUGCUCUAAACAAUUUAGACAGUGACAAUACUGUAUAAAUCUUAGCAUAUAGUGAAUAUUUUUAUGAAAUAAUCAAGCCUAUGGACAUCGUGUUUGCCAUCAACUUGUCUAACCGUAAAUCAUUCUCAGUGAUAUCUAUUUUCGUAUUAAUUCUAUUAAAUACUUUGAAUAUUAGAAUUAAUAUGAAAAUAGGACCUGUUAUUAUUAAAGUAAGAUUGCGUAAGGACGGCAAUAUCCGCCAUCUUUGGUUUGAGGUUUGGCCUGAAAUUGGUGAAGAUUCUACUUCAGUAAUAACAGGCCCGUAACUAGGAUUUUAGAUUUAUCGAGUCGAGUCGUCAGGGCAUGCUCCCCCAGAAAAUGUUUGAUUUUCUAAGUCUUAGAAACGCUAUUUCCUGCGUUCUGGGAAGGGCAAUUUUAAUUAACAAAAAAUCUGUAAUGAUAAACAGUGACACAAUGACUAUAAUUAGAGUCAUAUAUAUACAUAUAUAUAUAGUCUUCCUGCAUUCUGGGAGCAGUUUUGAGAAAAAAAUCAAUCUCAUGAAGUGUGUCUCACCAUUGUACUACAAGUAUCCAGUCAUAAGAAUUCAAGUCCUCUUGGUCCAACAUGAUCAGGUGCAUAAUAAAAAACAUAGUAAAUUGUGGUAAUAUUUGGGACGCUAAUUCGUACUUCUACCCUUCGUCAGAAAUUGAAUAAAUUUCAUCCAGGAACUGUUUUCUCGAAACUUGAAGUCUUCCUGUUUUGAAUUUUUUCACAAAAAAUCUUACCGAGUCAACUGACUCGGUUGACUCGUUUGACUCGUUGCUCUCUCUAUAUAUAAUACCAGGCCUGUAACUUAACUCAGAUCUAUUUAACAAAUAGAUAAAAUUUUGCCGUUGUCUGGUCAGUUAUCGAUACACAAUAUAACGUCAUAAAAUAGCAAGGCCCCGAGGGGGGGGGGGGGAGUUCCUCUGUGUAUCUAUAAUAGGCCAUUCUGACUUAUGCUCUAGUUUUCAAGAACAAUAACGCCGAGGCAUCGUGUAUUCAUUAGAAACAGACUACUUUGACGCGAAACUUCGUUCUAGGGCUUUUUCGAGCGUAAUUCGGAGAUGGCCUAUUAAAUAGACAACCGCAAAAAAUUAUCUAUGUGCGGUUUUAUAUGAGAAAGUUGAGAAUAUUAAUAGUUUAGACGUUCUCUGGGUUUUAAAUUUUUAUUAAACGAGCUUUGGACUGCCAGUCUCUGCAGUCUAUUAAAAAACAGAGAACGUCUAAACUAUUAAUAUGAAUAAUCCUGGUUACGCUUCUACCAUUUUCAAAAGUUGAGAAUGUUAAACCAAGCCAGAACCAAUAAAAUAUGUUUGAUGACGAUGAUGGCAAACUCGUAUAGUAAUGAGAGGUGUAGAUAAUUACAAUAAUUUUUAUAAUACUAAAUGAACGAAAAUUUGCUAGAAGCAAACAAUACGAAAAUUGUGAAGAGUAUAUAACCUUUCAUUAUAUUUAUUUAGUCUGUAUUUCCAGUAAGAACAAUUAUAUGAUAUCUCUUCCUGUAUUGCUCUUGCCUCUGGUUACAUUGGAUAAAACUAAUCAGAAUCAAUACUAGUGGUGGCAGGCAUUAGGGGGGGAGACGGGCUUCCACAGUAGGAAGCAACCUGGGGCCGGUUGUUCAAAGGUGGGUUAGCGCUAACCCUGGGUUAAAAUUUAACCUGUUGUUUUGGUUCGUGUAUUUCUGCACGUUUGUUUAAUUCAAAAUUUCAGAGAAGAAAACUCCCAUCGAUCCAGACUAGAUCUCUGAAGAAAUAUUUCCAAAUUUAUAGACAUGCUGUCAGGAAGUUUGUUUUGAAUUUUAGGUUAACCUAUAGGGUUAAGCUAACCUAGCUUUGAACAACUGGUCCCUGGAGAAAAACUACUGCGUUUGGGAGAGUCUUGAAGCACUCAUUUCACGUGACUCUUGAAGAACAGUUUAGAACAGUUAGAGCUAUCCAGUAUAAAUAACGUUCACACGAUUUAAUAUUUGACACUUCAUUAUAUUAUGCGCACAAAUCACUACCGUCUUUGUUUUGCAUGGAGCCUCUUAGACAUUUCGGCUCUUCUUCACUUUCUUUCGUUCUUGUAUAAAUAUCUUCUAGCAUCCAUACUUUAGAUGUUUUGUUUUACUCUACAUUACGUCAUGUGAAAACGUAUUCUACGCGCAUUUAAGACUAGAGAAACGGCCAGUUACGUUUAGAUCUGCCAAAAAAAGCAUGGCUAUUAUGAAAAAAAUAUAAGGAUGUUCAACUUCAAAACUUUCCUCAAGAAGAAAUGGGACCAGAUCGGUGUUGUGAGCACGCCAAUUAGCCUGAAAUAUAUUUGUCUGUUUUUAGUACGCAAAACAAUAUCAAUUGACUUGCACUUCAAAAGUUUCAAUUUAGUCAGCCAAUAAGCGCUUUGCGCUAGGUCACGAGAUGCCACUCCAGAGACGCGACAAUCAGAUCAUCAAUGUCUCCUAAUAGGGCUAAU